AUGUAUGAUCGAGCUCCCAGGUUCACAUAUUUGACAUUAAGCGGCACGACGUCUGAAAUUGGACCAGGAUCGUAUAAUAUCAGCAGGUCUCUGAGCGGUAAAAGGGAUUCGUAUGCCCCCUUCCUCUCGCUGUCCAGUAGAGAGUCUGGGUUCCUGGGGUCAGGCAGUGGUCCACUCUCUCCUGGACCAGGACAGUACAACAGUGACAUCACCAGGAAUCACAUUUUGGGAGGAAAGAGUCUUCAGAAUCGCUGCAAGCGCUUUGAUGACGUGGUGUCAGAUGUGCCGGGACCGGGAGCGUACAAUGUUACAAAUGAUGUUUCACCUGCAGGGAAAAGACAAACCAAUCCAGAGAAGAGCCCAAAGGCCGUCUCUAAAGCGGCGAGGUUGCUGCUGAAUCCUGAUGCCCCGUCCAUCCCGUCUCUUGGACAGGCGUUCGGAUAUGAAGAGGAUGCUCAAGGUGUCCUGCACCGGCACAAACCCCCCACCAGAGACCAGACCCUCGGCCCGGCCUUCUACAGUCCCGUACCGGAGGAUCUGUCGUCCUCUCAGAAGUAUAAAGGAGUGCAUUUCGGGAAGAUGUCGGGCCGGAGAGAGCAGGCAAUGGGUGGAGACGGACCUGGACCAGGACAUUAUGAUCUACAAGAGGAUCACACUGUCCUCUGUGAGAAUGUGAAUCUCAGGCGAGAGCAGAGAGGCCGUUCAGAGCUGGUCAUCCCUCGGUACCACGAGCUGGUGGCUCUACAGGAGGAGAAGAAGCCUGAGGCUUAUUCAUGCUGUGCUCUGGAGAUCCUGAAGAAAGGCAGAGGGGUGAAGAAGAAUCCUUUCGGCCUGACAGCUGUACGCUUCCUGCCAGAAAACAGAUCGAAAGCUACGCCAGGUCCCGGUGCCUAUAAUGUGUUUGAGUAUGGCCUGGCUUAUGAGAGUUUAAAGAAAGCCUGUCUGAAGAGCACGAGGAAGGGCGCCUUCGGCUCUAUUGCACCGCGCCGGCUUUUCCUCCCCAGCAAAGAGGAAAUGAGCCGCCCGGGGCCGACUCAGUACAAGGUGGAGAAAACAACUGAAGCGUUAUAUAAGAAACAGAGUACAGCUGCUUUUAAAUCUGCCACUGACAGACUUGUGGGUUCACUGUUCGCCAAAGAUACACCUCCGCCAAGCUCAUAUAACGUGAGCGAAUCGUUUGAGAGGAUACACGGCCUCCAUCACUACAGCGAGCCGCGGAACGAGAAAGCACGCAAACGACAGAGCUGCUUCCUGUCUGCCGCCCCCAGAGACGCCGCCUUCCUCCACUACGACCCUGAAACCCCAGGUCCGGCUCAUUAUAGUCCAGAUGUUAAAUCAGGCUCAAAACUUGCACUGAUUGUCUCAAAAGAAGAUCGCUUUAAAAGCCCUAAAGACAAGAUGUAUUAA